AUGGACAGUCAAGGUGUCUUUACAGCAGUGUUUGUCCCUCGAAAGCGCCGGCGACAUUCGAUGGGCUCAGCACCUAUUCCCAAUAUUCAGUUGUCAAUCAAUACAGCUCGACCAACCCAUUCAACCUGUCCAGCAUGUCUUAAUCUUGACUGGAGCUCAUUCGGUAAAGAAAGAGAGUUUAAUCAUAAUCCUUACGAGCGUCAGCUCACCGUCAGCUUUUGCGAAGUGAUCUCCAGUGCGAAAUCUGGCUGCCAGACCUGUAACCUGUUGGAGGACGCGGUGAUACAAUUCAGCAAACCGCUCCUGAAAUUGGAUGUUGGUCUUUUCGAAGACCUGGUUAAUUGCGAACUUAUGGUGAAACUUCGUUAUGGAUACUCCGUAAUCGUGGAUGUUAUGGAAGAUUCCGAAACCGUGGAAGGAGAAUAUUUUUCCAUUGAGAUAUACAGAACCGAAGAUCAUGCCGAAAAUAGUCAACUGGUGGCUCCAGCAAGAGAUGUGAUUGCAGAACUAGAUAUUGACUCGGUGGUAAAGUUUAUAGAAUCCAAGAGCAGAGUGUGUGCACAGCAGCACAAGCAUUGGCAAGUAGAUGUCACACCACUGCCUACCCGAAUUCUGCACAUUAGGAAAGAAUCCGAUGAGCUCCGAAUCAAGCUCUUGGAGACUAAUGGUAUGUCCGGAAGAUAUAUGGCACUCAGUCAUUGCUGGGGUCCAGGUGGGGCCCCUCUGAAAACAACGACAAGUACAAUUCAGAGCCAUUUUGCAGGGAUCGAACUCGCAAUGCUACCGAAAACAUUUUCGGACGCCGUACGGAUCACUGAAGCAGUAGGUAUUUCCUACUUGUGGAUCGAUUCUUUAUGUAUCAUCCAGGACGAUCAACACGAUUGGGGAAUAGAAGCAGCUAAAAUGCAUGAUGUCUAUUCCCGUGCAUAUAUCACUCUCGCCGCAACAGGCUCCAGCUCAAGUCUGGGCGGCUGCUUGUUUCCCAGAAAGCAUGUAACAUACUUUGGAAAAAGUAUUAUGCAUAAGGAUUCGCGUCUGCUAAGUGCUGGGGCAGAGCUCCCGGAUGGAGUUGGUGUUAGAUACGAAACGAGGUCUCAUCAACAGAUCAUGGGAGACUCCCUCUUAACCUAUAGCGGUGGGGUUCCUCUCUUGACUCGGGCCUGGGUCUUGCAAGAACGAUUUUUUUCUCCUGUAUUCCUUCAUUUCCACGAAGAAGAACUGGUCUGGGAGUGCCACGAGGGCAUAUCUUGUGAGUGUGGGUAUUUUGAUUGGGAGAGGUUAAUCUCCGGAAACACGCGCCAGAACAAAACCCUCUCCUUGAAAGCAAAUUUUAGAAGAAUAUCACAAAGUCUCGGGAGCGUCAAGACGACUCAGGAUGCCUAUGACUUCUGGUUAGAUUUCACGAAGAGCUUCACGUGUUUAAACAUAACAGUAGCCUCAGACCAGUUACCAGCCGUCAUGGGCAUUGCUGCUCGACUUAGUAGAACUCUCCCAGGGUUCUAUCUAUUGGGAAUUUGGAGUGGUGAUCUGGCUCGCGGCCUCUUGUGGCGGAAAUUCCCCUAUCAAAAGGGCACAAGAGUUGAGGUUCCUCAAGACUGUCAUUGUCCGACUUGGACCUGGGCUUCCGUCAGCGUCAAUUCGGCAAAGAAACAUGGAUUCGGCUACCCAUGGUGGGACGCCAACCCUCCUUUUGAAGUUGAUCCUCAUUUUACUGCAAGAUGCAAUGGCCUAGAUGACGAUAUCUUGAUUUUCGGCCCGCAAUGCAAGCUGCAAAUCGGGGGAGAUUGUAUCUUCUGCACACUUGAGCAUCGGUCUCCUGCCGAUUAUAGAACAGCUUCACACAUUCUACACUUUGAAGACGAGGAGGCGUUCAUGUAUGCAGACAUCAAUUGCAAAAUUGAGAAGUACGGGCCGAUCAUGGGCAAGUGUUCCUCUAGAACUGUGUGCUGCCUUUUUGUUGGCUCAAGACUGGAGAAGGAACAGUGGGUGCUGGUUGUUGAACAAAUUUCUUCCGGAGAAUAUGAGAGAAUAGGAGUCGCUGAGGUUGAUUCAACCAAAGAUUGGUUCAGAGAUGCAGAAGUGAAGCAAAUCGUCCUGAUUUAG